GCUCAGGGGGACAUUCCAAAAUCUAUGCUUGGACCUGGGCUUCUUUCUCGCCAAUGCAAAAGGGAAUAUGCAGCACAUUUUUGCCUUCUUCUGCACCAGUUUCCUAGGGGCAGCGUUGGGGGUCAAUUUCCCCAGCAACAUCCAGAUCGGGGGAUUAUUUCCUACUCAACAAUCCCAGGAACAUGCGGCUUUUAUGUUUGCAUUGUCUCAGUUCACAGAGCCCCCCAAGCUGUCUCCCCAGAUUGACAUUGUGAAUAUUAGUGACAGCUUUGAAAUGACCUACACCUUCUGCUCACAGUUCUCCAAGGGUGUCUAUGCUAUCUUUGGCUUUUAUGAGAGAAGGACUGUCAAUAUGCUCACAUCCUUUUGCGGGGCUCUCCACCUCUGUUUCGUAACACCUAGCUUCCCUGUCGACACAUCCAACCAAUUUGUUCUUCAGCUGCGCCCAGAACUGCAGGACGCCCUCAUCAGUGUUAUAGAGUAUCACAAGUGCCAGAAAUUUAUGUACAUUUAUGAUGCUGACCGGGGUUUGUCAGUCCUUCAAAAAGUGUUGGAUACAGCUGCAGAGAAAAACUGGCAGGUGACAGCUGUCAAUGUCAUGACGACAACAGAAGAGGAUUAUAAGUCGCUCUUCCAGAACCUGGAGAAGAAGAAGGAGAGGGUAGUGGUGGUGGAUUGUGAAGCAGACAGACUGAAUGCUAUCUUGAGCAAGGUCAUCAAGCUUGGGAAAAAUGGGAUAGGAUAUCACUAUAUUCUAGCAACAUUGGGUUUCAUGGACAUUGACCUAUCAAAAUUCAAGGAAAGUGGAGCAAACGUGACUGGAUUCCAGUUGGUAAAUUACACAGACACUAUUCCAGCCAGGAUCAUGCAACAGUGGAAGAACAAUGAUGCCAGGGAACAACCUCGUGUUGACUGGAAGAGGCCAAAGUACACAUCUGCCCUUACAUAUGAUGGAGUCAGGGUAAUGGCAGAAGCUUUCCAGAGUCUCAGGAAACAACGAAUUGACAUCUCUCGUCGAGGGAAUGCUGGAGAUUGUCUUGCAAAUCCAGCUGUUCCCUGGGGACAAGGAAUUGACAUUCAGAGAGCUCUACAACAGGUGCGCUUUGAAGGAUUGACGGGCAAUGUUCAGUUUAAUGAGAAAGGACAUCGGACAAAUUAUACCCUUCAUGUGAUAGAAAUGAAACAUGAUGGGAUCAGAAAGAUUGGUUAUUGGAAUGAAGACGAAAAAUUUGUCCCAACAGCUGUAGAUCAACAAGGGGCAAAUGAAACCACUAAUCUCCAGAAUAGGACCUACAUAGUUGCAACAAUUCUAGAAGCCCCAUAUGUGAUGCAGAAGAAGAGCUAUGAGCAGUUGGAAGGAAAUGACAGGUAUGAAGGAUAUUGCGUAGAGUUGGCUGCUGAGAUCGCAAAACAUGUUGGCUACCAAUACAGGUUGCAAAUUGUUAGCGACGGGAAGUAUGGAGCCCGAGAUCCUGAGAGUAAAUUAUGGAAUGGCAUGGUCGGGGAGCUAGUAUAUGGAAAAGCUGAUGUAGCUGUUGCACCAUUGACUAUCACCCUUGUGCGAGAGGAAGUUAUAGACUUUUCCAAACCAUUUAUGAGCCUGGGCAUCUCUAUCAUGAUUAAAAAACCUCAGAAGUCCAAGCCAGGAGUCUUUUCCUUUCUGGAUCCAUUAGCUUAUGAGAUUUGGAUGUGCAUUGUUUUUGCCUACAUUGGAGUGAGUGUUGUCCUUUUUCUGGUCAGUCGCUUCAGCCCUUAUGAGUGGCACAAUGAGGAGCUUGAAGAAGGACGUGACCAGCCAGCCAAUGACCAGACAAAUGAAUUUGGGAUAUUUAACAGUCUCUGGUUCUCCUUGGGAGCUUUUAUGCAACAAGGAUGUGAUAUAUCUCCAAGGUCCCUGUCUGGACGCAUUGUUGGAGGAGUCUGGUGGUUUUUCACCUUGAUCAUCAUUUCUUCUUACACAGCCAACUUAGCUGCGUUCUUGACGGUGGAGAGGAUGGUGUCUCCUAUAGAGAGUGCAGAAGAUUUGGCCAAGCAAACAGAGAUUAGUUAUGGGACUCUGGAUGCUGGUUCUACUAAAGAAUUUUUUAGGAGAUCUAAAAUAGCGGUUUUUGAGAAGAUGUGGACGUACAUGAAGUCAGCUGAGCCCUCUGUUUUCGUGCCGACAACAGAAGAGGGGAUGAAACGUGUGAGGAGAUCGAAAGGGAAGUAUGCCUACCUGCUAGAGUCUACCAUGAAUGAGUACAUUGAGCAGAGAAAGCCAUGUGACACCAUGAAGGUGGGAGGUAACUUGGAUUCCAAAGGCUAUGGCAUUGCAACGCCAAAAGGUUCACUACUAAGAGGUCCCGUAAACCUAGCGGUUUUGAAACUCAGUGAGCAAGGCGUCUUAGACAAGCUGAAAAGCAAAUGGUGGUACGAUAAAGGGGAGUGUGGAAGCAAAGACUCCGGAAGUAAGGACAAAACAAGUGCUUUGAGCCUGAGCAAUGUGGCCGGUGUUUUCUACAUCCUCAUCGGUGGGCUUGGACUAGCCAUGCUGGUUGCCUUAGUCGAGUUUUGUUACAAGUCCAGAAGUGAAUCAAAACGGAUGAAGGGUUUUUGUUUGAUCCCACAGCAAUCUAUCAAUGAAGCCAUACGGACAUCAACCCUUCCUCGAGCAUCCGCAGCAGGAACCAGCAGUGGAGAAAACGGACGGGUGGUGAGCCACGAUUUCCCUAAACCCAUGCAGGAGAUUCCAUGCAUGGGUCACAGCUCUGGGAUGUCCCUGGGAGCAACGGGAUUAUAAUAGCCCUUGAUGGAUCUUGGGUGAGAGCAGGGUCUCCCUGGCCCGAGCCUCUCCAGUGCCAAAACCAAACCAAACCAUACCAGAAGAGGGACAAUUCGGUGGAUCCUUCAGCGGAAAUCAGAUCUAUUUUCCUUUGUGUGUGUGUGUGUGUAUGCGUGUGUGUUUCUGUUUUACAGUAAAUCCACAGGCAGAAGAAAGUACAACCUGUACUGCAAUAAGGAGAGGGCAACCGGACUGAACAGAAUUUGGAGACAUCCCUGAGUACACGGUUACAGGAACACUGAGGAAGACAGCGCCAUUUUAUUUUUAACUUGGUUGUUAAUAAGUUCUUAGUGUGUGCAAUAUAUAUUUUUCUUACUAAUUCCCGUGAUGUCAGGGUAAUGUCAGCCCUGCUCUGCUCAACAGUUUAAAAUCAGGUUUCGUUUGGGAUGAAAACCAUAAAUGUCUGUGCUACUAACAGUGAAAGGAAAGCAAAACAAAAUUCCUCUGAGACGACAGGACUCUACUGUGUUAAAAGUGUUGCUACAAGGCUAACCAGGCUGUCGAAAGAGUUCUCCAUUCCAUUCCCAAUUGAAGGACUUCAAAGACAGCUGAAAGAGAAGCCUGACAUGGAGAAAGGAAUAGGAAGACUUUGUUGGAGAUGGAGUUCAACAGUUGUAUCUGGACUAAAAAGAGCCCAGGUAGACAGAAGUUAAUGCGGUCCUUAUUCUUAACCUAGGAAGGGGUUAUUUGAAUUAAAAGUAUUGCGAGUUUGGGGCAUGACAGCCCACAAAAUAUGCACUUGGCAGGUUACCAUGGAAAUGUCAGCAUCCAACUAAAACAAUGGCCGUUUUUUGCAUAUAGGGAAAACCAAGCAAAUGCAAAACAUAUAUUACAUAUCAUCCUCCCUGCCUGCUUCCUUAAAAUUGAAGAGGCAGUUGUCAGCCAUUUCCUCAUUCCUGCACUUCUGUAAGGUUUCCUUGCCAUUGUGACUUUUGAGUAGAGAAUCCUUCACCUUCCCAGAAAAAUUUCUGCAGAUCACUCCAUGGGUAUCCAUAAACCAGUAA